AUGACUGAGUGGGAUAUGCCAGGAGACAGGGAGCAUGUAGUCAGGGAGCAUGUAGUCAGUGAGCGUGUAGUUAGUAAACCUGAAGUCAGUGAUCCAGGAGCCAGUCAGCCAGGAACCAGUCAGCCAGGAACCAGUCAGGAAGACCUGAGGGAAGAACUAAAAAUUGAGAAAAGGUCUUACACUCCCUGUCUGUUGCUGGGGAGAAAAGUAGGCCAAAAGUUCUGUGCUCGUAAAUCCCAGGUGACCCCCUCAGAUAAAGCCAUCUCCCCUGGCUCUUUCAAAGGCCAGUCUGUGUCUGAUAACUUCCCCCGGAGAUCACACUGGGAUUCCACAAAUCUCACCAACUUCCAGGGGUCUGGGCUAUUAGAGCUGCAAAGUGUGCAAACGGACAACAGAUUGUUAAACUGGAACUUUUCACCGCCAGAGUAUGAAGAACACGUUCAAGAAACAAGAGGCAACCCUCUUUUCACUUCUAGAAGACUGAAGAGAACAGUGAACAACUUUUCAGCUGGACUGAAACAAUUUCUUUUUGAAGUAGAAAUGGCUCAAAGCCCACUGGUUAGAUUUCUGCUGUUGAAAUAUGUGCUCUUGCUUUUUAUUAGUACUUGCUUAUGCCAGAGGGACUGCACUGGAGUGGAUUGUCCCGUGCUUGACAACUGCAUCGAGGAGGUCUUAGAGAAUGGUGCUUGUUGUGCAACUUGUGCACAGACUGGCUGCAUGUGUGAGGGGUACCAGUUUUAUGACUGCGUUGCCGCAGGCUUCAGGAAGGGCAAGGUACCUGAGGGAGAGUCUUAUUUUGUGGAUUUCGGAAGUACAGAAUGCUCUUGCCCAGAGGGAGGUGGAAGGAUAAGCUGCCAUUUCAUCCCGUGCCCAGAAAUUCCAGCCAAUUGCAUCGAGGUCUCAGAGCCGGCAGAUGGAUGUGUCCAUUGCGAACGUGUAGGCUGUGUGCAUGAGGAGCAGAAAUACGAGGCUGGUCACUCCUUUCACAUGGACCCCUGCCAAGUCUGUCACUGUCCCAAUGAUGGGGGAAAAUUGAUGUGUUACCCAAUACCAGACUGCGAUCCACAGAAUGUUCAAAAACCAAUACUAGCCACCACUACAGAGGAGAACACACCCGAAAAACACAAUGACCCAAUACAAUACAUUUUUAGCCAACAAGGACCAAGGGAACACCUCUCUAAACCUUUUCAAGCCUCACACCAUGACAGUCUCCCUCCUUUCAAACUUAACCCAAGCCACAUGGAUGAGGAAGAUGACUAUGACUAUUCACCCACAGAUGCCUCAGAGCCAUCUUUGCAUGAUUUGACCUCUCCUACAGAGUCUUCUAUCAUCUCAGUGUCUCACUCUGAAAAUUAUACUCCUCAUGAGGCGACGAUCCAUAGGGGUGCCAAACAAGAGCUCAGAGAAAGAUUUGGUAUUCAAGAAGCCUCAACAGACACUCCUACCCAUAAGGACAGAACAGACCAAAAUAGAUUUAGCAUUCAUAGAGAUGGUACAUUAAAUUUUCAUGAGGAUAUCACCAGCAGGGGGAGAUUUGCCAUCCAUAGAGGUAACAGAGAGAGAGAGCGCUUUGAUGUUCACAAAGACAUCACCAACGUAGAGAUGCCAGCUAUUGAAGAGGGCAACAGAGAGAGUGAGAAAUUGUCUGUUCCAAAAGAAACCACAACUAUUGAGACUUCUGACAUUCCUGAAGAUGCUACCAACAGCAUAGCAGUUAUAGACUCUCCGCCGACUGAGCCACCAACAACACCUCAGUUCUUGGAGGAGACAACUCCUGUCUUGCUGACAACAGAGAAAAGUGUUUCAGAAAGUCCAAUCUAUCCACACACAGUUGAAACAGUAGAGCAAGACAACACCACAGUGGAUAAUAAGAAGCAAAUAAUCCCUUUAAAGAAUAUUACAGGCCAUGAUGGAAAACAUGGUCAUGGCCUUGUUUCCCAUGAUAGGAAACACCUCCCUCAAAAUGCUGGUGGAAAUACGCUGAGCAGUGCAGACGAUGUAAGGGAAAAUAUCAGGCUUCCAGGAGGUGAUCAUGGAAAACCGUCAAAAGAGCACAAACUUGAGAGGAAGCAUGAACGACAUAUGUUCCCAGUGGUGAAGUUUAGUCCCAGCAGCCAGCCGCCUUUGAGAGUAAAAGCAGAUGAGGGACAUCCUCCUAACAAACAAUCCCAGAGUCUGUUAAACUUCAGAACAGAAGAGGAGGAGGAGAGGGAAGAGAGGGAUAACACCCUUACUUUCUCAGUGGUUCCUGAUCCAGCCUUACUAGAAAACUGUUGUGAAAAAGGCAAGAAGUGGGCCUCAGAGAAUCAACACUGUAAUCACAUGUCUGUUACUACAGAAGAACAGACUUCUGUGUGCAGUGCUGUUCAGAAGCAGUGUUGCCUGGGCUCUCUGAGAGAGGAUUUGUGUUUGACUGGCGUGAAAGCAGCCAAGGCAGGAGAGAUGUGUGAGGAACAGGAUAACCAGCACUGUGUAGAGAACUCCCAAAAGGAGUGCUGCAGUUGCUGUGCGCUGGGCUUGCAUUUCCGUCGGGAGGGGAGGGGCUGUGAGGCACAUCAGUACCUGCUUUACCCCUGUGGACAUGUGUUCCUCACCUGCUGUGAGGAGGAGGAGGAGGGAGAAGUAGUAUUCGGUGCCCCCACACUUAGGAAGAAGGAGAGGCCUAGGCCGACUGCCAUACCACAGAAAGUCCUUGACAGUAAGUUCCUGAAGGAGGCCUUUUCCAUCAGUGCCUCUGAAGAUGCAGCUAAUUCAGUGGAGGAUCUGGAGGAUGUAGAUGAGUGUCAGAGGCAUGAGGGCCGGCUGUGCAGUCACACCUGCAUCAACACCUGGGGCUCCUACAAGUGUACCUGCCAUGCUGGAUACAAACUCCAACAGGAUGGCCAGACGUGUGUACCAGAGAGUCCAGAAGAGGAGAAUAGAGUGAGAGAAGAUAACAGGCCUGUCACCGUGCCAGUGCCACAACAAGAGACGGCUAAAGAACUUUCCUCUGUGUUGAACCCUUGUGAAGGUAAUAGCCUCUGCAUGCAUAGGUGCUCCGUGGUCGGAGGACGUGCCCGCUGCUCCUGUUUCCCAGGAUUCUCUCUGAUGGCCGAUGGACAUACGUGUGAAGAUGUAGAUGAGUGCAAGGGUGGCACACACAAUUGCUCCAGUGGGGAGUUUUGUGUGAACCAGGACGGCUCCUUCCAGUGUGUUCAUCUGAAUGAGCUGUGCGACGAAGGCUUUAUACUCAACCCCGAUAGAGAGUGUGUGGAUGUGAACGAAUGCGUGACCAACACGCACACAUGUCAGGCCAACGAGCGCUGUGUGAACACGAUUGGUGCGUUUAUGUGUGAGAGACAGAUCUCCUGCCCUGCUGGCUACCAGCUGAGGAAUGGAGUUUGUGAAGACAUUGAUGAGUGUAUGGUACGCACACACAACUGCAGCGCAGGCUUUGAGUGCCAGAAUACAGAUGGCUCAUUCCACUGUAGCCCCAAGCAGAGGUGUCUCACCGGCUUCACUCAGGACGCCCAUGGCAACUGUGUUGACAUUAAUGAGUGUACCAGUGUGAGUGAGCCAUGUAGGGCAGGCUUUAACUGCAUAAACACAGUGGGCUCCUAUACCUGCCAGCGCAAGAUCAUCAUAUGCGGCCAGGGUUAUCACUCCAGCCCUGAUGGAACCAGAUGCAUCGAUGUAGAUGAGUGUCAGACGGGCAUUCAUCGCUGCGGUGAGGGCCAGAUCUGUCACAAUCUACCCGGCAGCUACCGCUGUGAUUGCCAGACUGGAUACCAGUAUGACGCCAUCCGCCAGCUCUGUCUGGAUGUGAAUGAGUGCUGGCGUUACCCCGGACGCCUGUGUGCCCAGACUUGCGAGAACACCCCAGGCUCCUACCAGUGCUCCUGCACAGCCGGUUUCUCCCUGGCCUUUGAUGGGAAGAACUGUGAAGAUGUCAAUGAAUGCGACAACAAUCCAUGCAGUCAAGAGUGUGCCAACAUCUAUGGUUCUUACCAGUGUUACUGCCGUCAGGGUUUUUACCUAAAAGAGGAUGGGCAUACCUGUGAAGAUAUUGAUGAAUGCUCGCAGAGCAUCGGCCAUCUCUGUGCCUUCCAGUGUGUGAACGUUCCAGGCAGCUACACGUGCGCCUGCCCCACUCACGGCUACUCUAUGUCACCCAAUGGACGCACCUGUCGAGAUAUUGAUGAGUGUGCUAUCGGAGCACACAACUGCUCUGCUGGCCAAACCUGCUACAACAUUCAAGGAAGCUUCCGCUGCUUGUCAUUUACUUGCCCAGAAAACUACCGGAAAGUGUCAGACACACGCUGUGAGCGCGUUGGCUGCCCCAACUUCCAGGACUGCCAGAACAUGCCUCUGCGCAUUACUUACUACCAGCUGAGCUUCCAAACCAACAUCGUUAUUCCGGCUCAGAUCUUCCGCAUCGGGCCCUCACCCGCUUACUCUGGUGACAACAUCAUCAUCAGCAUCCCCAGGGGCAAUGAGGAGGGGUACUUCAGCACGCGGCGGCUCAACAGCUUCACGGGUGCCGUUUACCUUCAACGGCAGGUGCGAGAGCCACGGGACUUCUUCAUCGACGUGGAGAUGAAGCUACUGCGUCAGGGCACCUUCACCACGUUCCUCGCCCGCAUAUACGUCUUCAUCACGGCCAAUUCUCUCUGA